CUUGGAUGUGUGCGAUCGUCUGCGAGCAUUGAUCUUCCAGCUGAAUCGCAGACCCACGUCCACUUGUUUCAUUGCUUCCUCUGCCGUUUCCUUCAACUUUCGAGGCGCUGGAUCAAUUCAUAGAACCUUCCUAUCUUCCGCAAGAUCGGCGCGUCGCCGCAAUGGGGAGAAGAAAGAUUGAAAUCAAGGCUAUCAAGGAUGAUAGGAAUCGUUCAGUUACGUUUCUCAAGCGCAAAGGCGGUCUAUUCAAGAAGGCGCAUGAGCUUUCCGUCCUCUGCUCCGUCGAUGUCGCGGUCAUAAUCUUUGGCAAUAAUAAGAAGUUGUACGAAUACUCGAGUAGCGAUAUUGGAGAGAUUCUGACCAGAUACCAAUAUUAUGGAGGUGCAAAUGAACACAAGGGUCCGGCAGACUUCAGUGGGAAGGGAAAGAUGGACGAUGAUGACGAUGAUGAUGACGGAUCUGGUCCCUCCCACCACGGUUCCGUCGAGCCUCAAAUGAUGCCUCCUCAAUUCAACCAGGCCUUCCAACAUGUCCGACAUUCCACCCCAUCUGCCUCGCCUCCAAUUCCCAAUGGCGUUUUCCCACAUCACCCUCAGCAACGUCAACAUACACCGCAGCCACAACCUGGAUCCCGUCCUUCGUCCAGAAAUGCUCCCCGUAGAACAAGUUCCAAUCUGGUCCCACAGCAACAUCCACAUCCUCCUCCUUCUAAUGGCGGAUAUGCUUUCAUGCCAAACCCACCUCUCUACAAUCCUCAUAAUGGUCCAAACCUACCUCAUGCCCAUGGUCUUCCAUCGCAUAUGCAAGCCCCACAAAUGCAAGCCCCUCAAGGCAUUCCCCAGCAAGGACCUCAAUACCCUAACUAUGGACCACCCCAACCGCAACAACAGCAGCAGCAGCAACACCCUCAUCCACAGCAGGUUCAGCAGCUCUAUGCCGAGGAACAGCGCAGAUCUUCGAUGCCUCCAGCAUUCCCUCAGCAAGAGAGACCACAAUCGCGUCCUGAGCCUUCUCCACCUCAGCCUCAACAACAGCCACUUCCCCAGCCAUCACCACCUCAGCACGAAGAGCCACAGCCAGCGCCUCAGCAGAUGCUUGAGCCUGUGAAGCGGAUGUCUGUCAAGUCACGCAGUAUUUUCACGCCGAUUGAUGAAUCUCGCUCUAUCCUGUCUCAACAUUGGGCCUCAUCUACAUCGAACUCUGAACCUGCACGAACUGAGCCUCCUACAUCGAAUAGCCGGUCUCAGUCUGUUGAUACUGGUUCGGUCACUCGUAUCAAGUCAAGCAAUUCUCCUCCGCCUCCAGCUCGGGCUCAAACCCACAACAAGAACAGGAAUGUGUCAAUGUCGUCCAUGCCAGACAAUUUCACUCCGCCAUCUCGUACCAAUUCGGCCAGUAUUGGUGGUGCCAAACGCCCUGUCUUGAAGGUGCAGAUUCCAGAUGAGCCGUCUCCGUCUAAUGGAGGCAGUGCUACAGCAGAUUCGGCAUCCAGUCCUCGCUCCGGUACCAAUGCAACGGGAUCGCAUAGUCGCAGGAAUGGACGCAAUAACUCAGACUCUCAUUCGUCUGGUGUUGUUCUUCCACCUCCGUCUCCUUCUGCUUCAGCACUGUUGUCUGCAGGUGCUUCUGGUCCACCGAAUCCAUUUGCUCGACCUAUGCCGGUAUCACAGCCUUCGCAAUCGAAUUCCAAUAAUGGUAACAUGAUCGAUACUCCAGUCUCCGCUCUACCAUCGAGGUUCAUGACCAAUGAAUUCUUGCCUUCUCCGAGCAGCUUCUAUCCAGAUUGGAACUUUAGGGGCAAUGAUAGCAAUACGCUACCUAGCCCUCUCAACUUCGCCACUCCUGUUGUAGGCACUGGACCCAGCUUCUUGAGAGAAGAUAGUGGUGGGCGCGAGAAUGGGAAUGGAACCAAGAGAAAGACGCCUGAGACUGAAGGUGGUAGUGAUGGCGGAGAUGCGAAGAGAAUGAAGCACGAUUAAGCUUCUGACCAGUCACUGUUUGAACUUCUCGAAUUUUAGUCGUUGUGGAAGUAUUCCGAAGGGGGCGAGAAAAGGUAAUAGGCGGCGGUUUUCUUGUUUUUA